UGGGUUACGGGGGCGUGGCGUGAGGGAAUGGGGCCGGCCAAGAUGGCGGCGGCAGCGGCAUUGCGAAGAGAAAUAAUAAUGUUGGGUUAAAGUAACAGGAACAUAAACUGAGAUAUAGGAAAACGUAACUCUCUUAUUAUCGGAAUCCCCAACUUUCGACCCUUAAAACAAUGGAGGGUGAGGAUAUAUCGUUUGAGAAUAUGGACCCCUCACUGAGUGAGCUCAGUGAGGGGCUGAAUUUUGGGGAUAUUGAUGAAAUGCUGCAGUUUGUCAAUGGCCAAGUUGGAGACUUUCCUGACCUAUUUGAUGAACAAUUCAGUGGUGGGCUGACAGGGUGUGACAAGCUUGAUCAACCUCCCAUCACCACGCAGCAGCAACCAGUUCAACAAGUACAACACCAACAGCAACAACUAACUCAACAAGCUGUUCAGCCGUCCACAUCGUCAACUCUGUCCCAGACUCCAUCUGCUUCCCAAAAAACUACCCCAGCACUUCAACCUCGUCCACCAGCACAGGCACAACCUCCACAACAAACGUUCAUGAUAGCUUCAAAUUUUACCUCAACCCCUACACAGACUCGCUUCAUCCAGCAACCAGUACUAACCUACCAGAACCAAGGUGGAUUUUCAGUUCUUCAACCUCAGAUACAGAACCUGGUCACUUCCCCGCAUGUCCAGCCAGUUGCAUUUCAGCAGCAGGUACAGGGUCUGUCCACUCACAGGAUGCUUACUUCAACCACCACUGUGGGCAACAUUCAGACACUGACUCCAGGCACUACCACUACUGUUCAAACGCUCUCGCCACAAGUACAGCAAGUACCUGUGCUGGUGCAGCCACAACUCAUAAAGACAGACUCCUUGGUCCUAACAACUUUGAAAGCUGAUCGCAACCCAGUCAUUGCAGCAAUGCAGAAUCCAACCAUCACAACCCUGGCCACUCCAAUGCAGACAGCUUUACAAGUCCCGACAUUGGUAAGCAGUAAUGGAACUAUUUUGACAACUGUGCCAAUGAUGGUUGGACCUGAUAAGGUUCCAAUCAAGCAGAUUGUUGGGAAUGGAAAAGCCCCAGUGGAGGGGCUGAAGGAAGGUGAGAAGAGAACAACUCAUAAUAUCAUUGAGAAGCGAUAUCGAUCAUCCAUUAAUGAUAAGAUCAUAGAGCUCAAGGAUCUUGUGAUGGGAACAGAAGCUAAAAUGAACAAAUCUGGAGUGCUGAGAAAGGCCAUCGAUUACAUUAAAUACCUGCAACAGACCAACCACAAGCUACGACAGGAGAACAUGGCAUUAAAAAUAGCUAAUCAGAAAAACAAGGGCCUAAAGGCACCAGAGAUUUCCAGCCUUUUAGACGUUGAUGUUGACCUCAAGACUGAUGACUUCAAAUCACAUUUGUUGAUAAUGUCACCACCACCUUCAGAUUCUGGCUCCCCAGGCACUUUCUCACCUUGUUCCAUUGAUUCAGAACCAGGAAGCCCUCUCCUUGAAGAAGCUAUGGUAAAGGAAGAACCGUUGUCACCCUCUACCCUUGGUAUGCUGGAUAGCUCUCGGAUUCUACUGUGCACCCUUACCUUUCUCUGUCUAUCUUUCAACCCACUUUCAUCACUUUUUGAACGUUUGACGUACUCAACAACAGCUGAAGAGUCUGGACACUAUGGUAGAAAUAUGCUUGGAAUUGAGUCUGGAGAUACAAAACGCUGGUUUGAUUGGAUGCUGCCCACAUUAAUCCUCUGGCUGGUGAAUGGGGUCAUUGUACUGAGUGUAUUUGUAAAACUCUUCAUUUAUGGUGAACCAAUUACGCGCCUCCAUUCUCAGUCCUCUGUUACGUUCUGGAGACAUCGAAAACAAGCAGAUCUUGAUCUGUCCAGGGGGGCCUUUACUGCGGCUGCAGGAAACUUGCAGACUUGUUUGUUAGCACUGGGACGGGCAUUGCCUGCCUCGCGGUUGGAUUUGGCCUGUAGCCUCUGCUGGAAUAUCAUUCGGCACAGUGUCCAGAAACUGAUGUUUACACGCUGGCUCUUAAAGUGGACCAGAGGGUUUCGGCAGGAGGCACAGCUCCAAGAAGAGGCCAAAAUGAGUGCACGUGAUGCUGCCCUAGUUUAUCAUAAAUUACAUCAGCUGCAAUUAACAGAUAAAUUGGUGCAGAGUCCAGUGCGUGCCAUAAGCCUUGCUUUGUCUGCAGUUAACCUGGCAGAAUGUGCAGAGGAGAAAAUCCCCCAAACCCUCAUGACGGAAAUCUAUAUUACAGCUGCCAUUUGCUUUAAAACCAACUUUGGAGGCAAACUGACGUUUUUAUCGCGCUAUUUCCUGCGCCGAGCCCAGAAGGUCUCUGAUCCAGGCACCCAGCACUGGCUUUUCCAUCCCCUGGGACGCCAGUUCUUUGUGGAAUGUGAUUGGUCACUUAAAUCUGCUCCGCGAGAGAGUCUCUUCAGCUCUCUUCGAAAUCCAGUUGAUCCAGUAGCCCAGGUAAACCAGGCAUUCUGUGAAAAUCUGCUUGAAAGAGCUGUGUACUCGCUGCUUAAGCCAGAGACCGAGGAAGCUGGGGAGUCCACUAAUGCCUUUGAGUACUUACAGUUACUUAACACUUGUGCUGACACAACAAGGAGUUUAACACAGGCAUUUGCCACUGAUGCCAGUCUGAGAACAACCACAGGUCCAGACUCUGUCAGUAAAUGGUGGACAGCUGUUGUUAUGUUUGCUGUACACUGGCUUCAGGGUGAUGAUUUGAAAGCUAAAGGAUUGUCUGCUGAAGUGGAACGAAUCCCCAAGUCUCUGCAGAUGUCUGAAAGCUCACUACCAAAGGCAAUUCUUCAUAUUUACAAGGCUAUGCAAGGAAGUCUGUUGGGGAAACGAGAGGCUCAUCAAACAACAUUUCUACAUUGUGAAAGGGCCAGUGGAUACUUGUGGAACACUCUGUCUGUCUCCAGCUCGCAUCAGGAUACCAACCUGCACAAGGCUGUGCAGUUGUUGGUCUGUGACAUUUUGCUUUCAAUUCGUACAACCUUGUGGCAGAAGCAGGCAAGCUCCAGCCAGGUUGUGGGUGAGACCUACCAAGCUUCAACUGUAGAACUGAAAGGAUUCCAACGAGACCUGAGCAGUCUCAGGAAACUUGGCCAGACAUUUAAACCGGCACAUCGUAAGAUGUUUUUGCAUGAGGCGACUGUACGAUUGAUGGCAGGUGCAAGCCCAACUCGAACUCACCAGCUUCUGGAACACAAUCUGAGGAGACGAACAUCACACUUCAUCCAACAAGGUGAAUUGGAUGCUCUUCCAGGCCAGAGAGAGCGAGCAACAGCCAUACUCCUGGCAUGCCGUCAUCUUCCCCUCUCGUUUCUCUCCUCUCCUGGCCAGCGAGCAGUCAUGCUGGCCGAAGCUGCACGUACUCUGGAGAAACUUGGAGACAAGCGGUCUGUCAAUGAUUGCCAGCAGGUGAUCAUGAAACUGGGCAGUGGCACCACGAUUGCAGCAAGCUGAUAUGUGGGAUGCCAUGCCCCAGCCUGCGGUAAAUGUUUUCUACUCUCUGAUUGAAUCGCACUGUCAUGCCCAUAAACAACCAGCACGUGUUUCAGAGCCGUAAUAAUUUCCUUCCGAUGAAAUGCAGUUUGGCAGAUUUGUUGCAAAAGAUAUUUUCACAUUCUGUCUUGUAACCAAGAUUGCAGUAUGUGUGUGCAAGUUGCUUUUCACAGGUCGAUACAGUAAUCCAGUGUCAUCUUUCAUUUGACCUCCAUCCCCCCCUCUCCUAUUGUCCCCACUUCACUUGUCUCUCUGAUAUGAAUACACUACUGCAGAUGACCAUUCAGUUCCAUUUGUCAAGGCUGCAGUUCUCAAUUUGAGGGUAUCAAAAUUUCCAUUUGCUCAAUAUUUUAAAUAAUUUAUUAAAUUUUUACAUCCUCAUACUUUGCUCUUGAACUGUGUUCAGUCUUGCGAAUGUAAUUUAUCAUGCAUGUGUUUGGGACAGUGUUUUUCUUAUAGAUUUCAUAUAUAUGUAAGUUAGAAGAAUUAUUUUUAAAAAAAUCAAAAGCCCAUCAAAGCCAAAAAUGCCUGUCCUUUUUUUCGAUCAGCUCUGUCUAGCUUCUUUCUCACAGAAUAAUCUUAAUAGUUUGCCUAGAGAUAUAAUGGAUUCACCUUUAAACCCUACAUAUACUGUCCACUCAAUGACUUACCUUUGUAGAUUGUUCCACAACUUUGUUAGCCUCUGCGUGAAAAAAAUUGCAGGAUUGCUACUGUGUUUUAGUGAGACUAUAUGCUUUUUACUGUUUCUGGUACCAAGGAUCAGUUUUAUUCCUGACAGAAUCAACUUACAUGCUAAGGGAGGGCAGCACAGUGGCUGAGUGGUUAGCAUUACAGCCUCACAGCGCCAGGGACCCAGGUUUGAUUCCAGCUUUGGAUGACUGUGUGGAGUUCUCCCUGUGUCGGUGGGGUUUCUGCUGGGUGCUCCAAUUUCCUCCCACAGUCCAAAGAUGUGAAGGUUAAGUGGAUUUGCUAUGCUAAAAUAGUUCAUAGUGUCCAGAGAUGUAUAGGAUAUGUGGAUUAGCCAUGGUAAAUGCGGGAAUUUGGUAGGGGACUGGGUAUGGGUGGGAUCGUCUUUGGAGUGUUGGUGCAUACUUGAUGGGCUGGAUGGCCUCCUUCCACACUGUAGGGAUUUUAUGAUUUUAAAGCACCUCCUUCCCUUGGAAUAACUGAAAGAUGUACAGUAUUGAUCUUUAUGGAAAUAGCCAAAUUCUACUUUUAAUGUCUUCCUUUGUAAUUUCCCUGGUACUAGCACACACCGAGUAGAUGUGGACUGACUGUUAACUCAGAUGGGGACUUCACUUAGUCCUGUUCAAAGACUUAUCUGCAAGUCACAUUAUGCUUCAGUUUGAAUUGUAACUUCAGGCAGAUAGUCUUGGUAUAGGAUUGAGUGGACAUUAUAAAAACAUCCCCUGCCUAACGAAACCAAACACAUAGUCCAUGCUUGUAACUAACAGGUGCAAACCUAAUUGGCAGUAACACUCGUAUUGACAAACAUAUUAAUUUUGAAAAGCUGGAACCACAUUUGGUGGUUUUUGUGGUAUUAAACACAGGUCAGGAGGAUAAAAUAUGGUUUUAGGUUUUUUAAAGCUUUUAAAUAUAAUUAAUACCAAAAACAAAAUGGCAUAAAAAUGCGCUAUAGGAAGUCCUAGAGGUGACUUAUGAGAGUGAUCCAGUAGCUCUAACCAGCAACAAAAAGGCAACAGAUGCAAUUCAUUGCAAAACCAUUAUUUGUUCCAGUGCCAUGUCAAUUGAAUAAAUUUAAAAGUAGACCCUUCUUACAUAGUAAUCAUAUCAAAAUAGACAGUAACAUUUAGUUAAGACGUGACUGCAGUUUCCCCUGAGGAACAAUGCAAGAUUUGUACAUAAAAGGCAGGCUCCUCCAUUAAAUAGUUAAGAUGUUCAGCAUCCGUGGUAUUUAGCUUUUAGAUAAUUCUGACCAUGAUUUCUCUCUGCAUUGUUGUUGCUGUAAAUACUUAGUAAGUGCAAAUACCUCAGUUUAUUUCCUUGUUGGACAUGUGGAAACGUUUUUCUAAUUAUGGUUGGUGCUUUAUUUAAAGGAUAAGUAUCAAGAAUGUGUAGAUUGAUUUUCAAGCCUUUUCUCCAACAGAAUAAAAUACUUCGUUACUGAA